AUGGCAGCCGCAAUAUCAGCGCUCAAUGCCAAGAUCCGGUCCCAGCCGGUCUUGAACUAUGUCUGCUCAACCCAUUUCUGGGGCCCGGUCUCCAACUUUGGCAUCCCCAUCGCAGCCGUAAUGGACACGCAGAAAGAUCCCGACAUCAUAUCCGGCCGCAUGACGGGCGCCCUGGUCCUUUACUCCGGCACCUUCAUGCGCUACGCCUUGGCUGUUCAGCCGAAGAAUUAUCUGCUGUUCGGCUGCCAUUUUGUCAAUUUCGGAGCGCAGUUGACGCAGGGAUAUCGGUAUCUAGAGUACUGGAACUACGGCGGACGAGAAGCAUCACUAGAGGCGAAAGCGAAGACAGAGGCGAAUCAGAUUGCUCAAGAUGGCAAAUCAAUAGCUGGGGACGCAAAGGCUGGUGCGGAGGGCAUUGUCGGCGACGUGAAACUGAAGGCAGGAGAGUUGAAGCAGAAGGUGGUGAAAUAG